CAUGCCGUAAUAAAACAUUUUUUGUGUAAAAUAUACUGUUACUGUUUAAGAAAAUAAAUGUAUCAUGAGUGAUAUUGAAGAUCCAGUGGAGCAGAUGCUGAAACGAACAGGUUGUAUCAACCUUCAUUAUAAAGUACAGGAGUGCAUUGCUGAAACCGGCGACUGGCGCAAGUGUCAGGCAGUAGUGAAAGAGUUCAAAACUUGCAUGCAAGACUACACGGAAAGACAACGGCAGAAAUACGAAAAGUAAUGCUAGCCAAAUGAAUUUCCUUAGA